GCGACAUGGACGGAUUUGUUUUUCCCAAGGGUGGUAGGACACCGAGUUUCGCUUUCUGAAAUGCACUAAUCGCCGACUUUGUGUGGCAGUGAUUCAUGAUGUUUCGUUGCAUAGUCGAUCGUUACUGCUAUUUUCCUUUGCUCCUGCUGCACCUGCACACUUCUGCCUCAGUUUAUUCGUUGAGGCUACGGGCCGUAGCACUAUCCUCCCAUGUCGCAGAGGACCAACGUGGAGCAAGGACGCGGAGCCGCGCCUCACAGCAGGAAAAUCGGAGUGCGCCUGAAGAUUCCCGCAUCCUCAUUUCCGACCAAAAUAACGGGGACCUGGCAGGAGCUGACUCCCCUUCUAUUGCAGCUGAGCUUUCUUCUGAAAGUACAACCAUUGCUCCACCUGCCGAAGAUAUUGAAAUCUGCAGCGUAUGCUUGGGUUCGGACCCGCCCUUCGUCUUCGGGCCGUACGAUUGUAAACAUCGUUUUUGCCAAGAGUGUCGGCUUUCGCCCAAUUUCCUUCAACCAGUCAUGAAAAAAUGCCCGGAGUGCAGAAAAUGGCCGAAGAACAUCAAGCUGGUCCGCGAGCGGAUUCGGGAACUCAAGUCGGAAGCGUUUUGGAGAGCACAACGAACAAACCAAGGUGAAAGAGGACCUGGACGCGCCAGACCCGCCCCGGAUGGAGCUGCUUCGUCGUGUCGCCGCACUGGCCUCGUGAAGGCUAGUCUGAACCUGCUGCGCGAAUUCCUCGGACUGGUGCCUCGAAUCUCAGAGCCGUCUUCUUUCUCUUUGCCCAACAACCCGGGAAUUAUAGCAAGCGGUGCUGCUGCUCCGACCGUAAUCGGUCGAUCGGCACUGGCUGGGGGAGGUGGUACAGAGAAUGAUACAGACGACGGACGGAGUCAUGACGCAGUUUCUCCAGCAAAUGGACAAACUGGUCGAAGCCGUUCAGCAGGACAAGAAAGUAGAGCAGUUGAAGGGGCACCACCAGCGCCAAGUUCUAGUUCCACCCAGGGUCAAGAAACUGUUGUAGAUGUGGACGACCUCGUCUGCAGCUUUGUGCGACAGCAAAGUGGUGCGACGGGACGAGCGAAUGACGAAAACGAGUCAGCAGGAGGUUCGAACACUCAGCAACUUGUGACGAGUGGCUUAGAUUUGGACCAAGAAGAUGAUUCAGUUGUUGACCACGGAGAACUAGAAGGAGAGCCUUUUGCAAGAAAUCGCGACGCCGAUAUUAUCACACCGGUGCGGACCACUGAAGACAAAGAGAAAACUUCUGAUCAGCCGCCACAAUUCAGCAAGCGCGCUGCGCAGAGCGCCGCUGAGUUUGCGGAGCUUAUGCUGCAGUACGUCGUGCCGCGACUAUGGGUCGCGGAGUCGCAUGAACGCAACCCACACUGGGCUCUUUUCGUGAACUGCUUCCUGCACCCGCAGGGCCCGGGCGCUUGGAAGGCGUUGAAUGAUGCAGUGGACAACAACACGACGUCGUGGACCGAAGGGUCGGGAACGAACACUGAAGGUAAGAGCAAUGACGAAGCGGAAGCGGCCAGGCUCCGUGCGGCCGUGGACGAACUGGUGGUACACUUCGCGGGGCUGCGACUGUGCUUGCCCAGCGACUACGGUGGAGCGGGCAUGACCUCGACCGCGGCAGGCUCAAGCGUGCUAGUGGAGCGGCCGGGGGUUCUGGUUAGACGGGAACAUGAUGGCGUCCGUCGGGAAGGAAAAAGGCCGUUCGUUGUUUGUGGUGACGAGUACGAAUACGGCUGCUGCGUUGUGGAUUUCGACGAGAUGCGGUGCCACCUACUGGCCCGGGAAAAACUGAAGCGAAGGAAAGGCUGUAUAAGGGAUCAAACAAGUAGAUCCGAGGAUGAAAAUUUUGGCACGGAAGCCGCAGAUUUUGACCUGUUGGAAGAGGAUGAAUUUUUGAGCGCAUCCAUUCUUGAUCCAGGGGAAGGCCACCGGAGAAAUAGUCCAUUCCGUUUCCACACGCUGCUUUGCUGCAGGCGAUGCCGCAAGAAUCGAGAACACCCACGAGCUCCGACUCCGAUGGCGAAGCUGCGCCGUGCGUUAGAGCAUUUCGUCGCCUUGAAGUGGUUUGCAUUCCUGCGAAGCCGAGAACUUCACGACUCGAGCGGCAGCGCGGCCGGUGUGCAAAGUGACGAAGAAGUAGAUCUGCAAAUUGCAACGCACACCAAGGUGAUAACGGAUAUCGCGGGUCGCAUACUGACGGGCCACGCGAUGCCGCGUUCGAUUGUGGGAGCGUGUAUGGCUUUUUCCAUGCUCUGUGGCGUCGUCGGGUUUACGGAAGUCUGGGCAGAGGGGAACAACAGCUCUGGACUGGUUUUGGUAGGCGGGGGUGGCUGUCUCUUGAGUGCCUGUGUCAUGGAGUACCGUUAUCGCACCAACAGGGUUCAUCUUGUGGCCAAUGUAGUUUUUGACGCACAGCUCAGGGGAAGAAACAAAGUAUUUCCUUCGUGAUCAACGGUUAUCGAGUUUUUGCAAUUAUAUUUGUAGACUAGAAAUUCUAUUACCCGAGUCUCCUGCGUUUUCCGUAAAGCGAAAUGAGCAGGACCUCAAUGCGAAGAUUGAUGAGUGGGAUCUUUUAUUUCAAAAUCACGCUCUGCAUAUGCUGUCACAAGAAAUUUUUUGGACAAUUCUGAGAAUAUUACACGUUUCUUUUGGAAAGGACUGGGAAAUGAACUUUCAUUUCAGUUUAGUCUGGCGCUACGCAAAGGAU